AUGGCUGUGGUUGUGCGGUCCAAAAUCCGUGUAAACUUUUUAAUGUUGACAUUCUUACGACUUGUGAUAAACUGUCGACCAGAGACGGAACUGGACUACCGGCAAAACGAUGCGAGGGAUGCUGGGGAGGUUGUGCACCCUGUUCGUUUGAAUGCAGCGAGUAAUAAUCAACAUGUCAUUCACAAAAGGGAUAUUAAUUUUAACACAGAUAAUCUCAACGAACAAAAAGUGUUGUACAUGUUCCCAGCCUACGGAAGGCAAUUUUUAUUUGACUUGAGUUUUACUAAGGAUUUCAUUUCGUCUGAAAAUGUUUUAGUAGAGAAACAUGAAGGCAACUAUACAUGGAGUGAGGAAGGAUUCGAGGACAAUUUGGAAAACUGUUUUUAUACUGGAACAGUUAACAAUGACAGUUCCUCCAGAGCUGUAUUCAGCCUGUGUGAUGGCAUGUCAGGUAUGUUUGAUGUGCAGGGAGAGCGGUAUACCCUCGAGCCAUGCUCCUCUGCUGAGGGGUGCUAUCACACCAGCAAUAAGGGUGAUAUCAAACCUCACUUCAUCUAUAAACAUUCUUCAUCAUUUAAAAAAGAUGCUGACGAAUCUCACUGUGGAUUAGAAGAAAAUUACAAGCAUACGAGGAGGAAAGAGAGUGAUGAUUCUAUAUUAAAAAACAAUACCGUUUUAUCUAAUAGUCGUAGUGUGUACAGCAAUCAUCCCUUUCAUCAUGUACAUAGACGUUCUGCUUCACUAAAAAGACAUGUAGAGGUCAUGGUCGCCGCAGACUACGAGAUGUAUCGGUACCAUGGCCGUGAUUUAGAAAGAUAUAUUUUAACAUUAAUGGCAAUAGUCAACAGUGUAUAUAAACAUUCAUCUAUAGCAAACUUCAUCAAUAUUGUAGUCGUGAAAAUCGUUGUGUUUAAAAGUGUAGAGGAUGGACCAAGAAUAAAUCAAAAUGCAGCUCUAUCAUUACAAGAGUUUUGUAAGUGGCAAUAUUCUCAUAAUAAUCAUGAUGACAACCAUCCACAGCAUUAUGAUACUGCAGUAUUGAUGACCAGACAGGAUAUCUGUAGAUCCCCUCAAAAAUGUGAUACCUUAGGUUUAGCAGAGUUAGGAACUGUUUGUGAUCCAUUAAGAAGCUGCUCCAUUAUAGAAGACAACGGCAUCAGCGCAGCGUACACAAUUGCUCACGAACUCGGACAUGUAUUCAAUUUACCUCAUGAUGAUAACUCAAAAUGCAAAGACUACCUGAAGGACAAAACAGAUCAUGUGAUGUCCCCCACCCUCGACCACAACACCAGUGCAUGGUCGUGGUCAAGGUGUAGUGCUGCCCUUCUUACCCGCUUCAUUGAUGCAGGUUCCGCCGAAUGUCUGCUGGACAGACCUCGCAGGCGGAGUCGCUUCCCUUUUUCACGGGUCCAGGCCAUCGCUCCAGGUCAGAUGUAUGAUAUCAACACACAGUGUGAACUUAUGUUUGGCCGUGGCUACAAAAAAUGUCCGUAUGAUAAGCUUGAAACGGAAUGCAAGAGAUUGUGGUGCACAGAUGGGAGGAACAAGAGGAAGGGAUGUCGUACCCUACAUAUGCCCUGGGCAGACGGCACUUCCUGUGGGAUCAAUAAGUGGUGUAGACACGGUGUGUGUCGAGCAGAGCGCCCUCUAGUGACAAUCAAUGGAGGCUGGGGACGCUGGGAAGAUUAUGGAGAAUGCUCCAGAACUUGUGCAGGUGGUGUUAAGAAAGGAAUUCGUCAGUGUAACAACCCAGUCCCAGCCCAUGGAGGCAAAUACUGCACAGGAAGGAGGGUCCGUUACAGGUCAUGUAAUACCAAGCCAUGUGAACAAGACACUCCAGACUUCAGGGAAAUUCAGUGCUCCAGAUUUGAUAAUACUCACAAACAUCGUGGCCUUCCUUCCAAUGUCCGCUGGGUACCCAAAUAUGCUGGAAUUCGUCUGAAGGAUGCCUGUAAGCUGUACUGCAGACCAUCAGGGAGCAGUGCUUAUUAUCUGCUGUCAGACAAGGUUUUAGAUGGCACCAAGUGUGGACCAAAAACAUAUGACAUCUGUGUCAAUGGAAAGUGUAAGAGUGCUGGCUGUGACAAUCGUCUGGGGUCACGACUCAAGUUGGACAGAUGUGGGAUUUGUGGAGGAGACAACACUUCCUGUUUUAUGGAGGAAAUCGUGAAUCAGUUCAAGCGUAUCCCCGAUUAUGGUUACAACUUUGUGGCAGAGAUACCCUCUGGAGCCAAGAACCUUAUGAUUCAACAGCGUGGCUUUAUGAACCUAAAAGAGGAUGGAAACUACCUAGCUCUUCGGAACUCCACUGGUCACUUUAUCUUAAAUGGUGACUUUGUGGUGAAUACAGCUCGUAGAAAGAUCAAAGUGAAGAGUGCCAGUAUUGAUUACAGUGGGUCAGACACCAUUACAGAACGGAUCAACUCCACCGGUCCAAUAGGGGAAAACAUCACACUGAUGGUUCUGUCUGUUGGAAAGCACUACCCACCCAACUUAGAGUACUCAUAUAUGGUUUCCAUAGAAACCCACUUUGUGUGGAGCCAAAACCAUGGAGUUUGGUCUGAGUGUAGUAGAUUGUGUAAAGGAGAGCAGACCCGUGAGGUGGUUUGUGUGAGUGACGAUCGUGAUCGUACCAUCGUGUCUGACCGUAAGUGUGAACGACUUCGCAUCCCCAAACCUUCCAAGCUAAAACAAGUCUGCAACAUGAAUUGUAACCUCAGAUGGCGUAUUGAGGAAGAGGAGUGUUCUACACGUUGUGGGGAGGGUGUGGCUGUCCAGCAUGUGGCCUGUGUCAAGAGGAACAUCUUAGGUGUAGAAGAAGACCUACCUGACCAGGAAUGUGACCACUUAGGGCCACGGCCUGGGGACGUGGUAUCCUGUACAGGGAAGUGUCUCCCCACACACUGGCAGUAUGCUAGCUGGUCAGAGUGUACACAAACAUGUGAUGGAGGCGUACAACAACGGCGUGCAACCUGUACAGACAUCAGUCGAAACGAGCUACCAGAGACAGAGUGUCACUCUGAGGAACGCAUCAUCACACGGUCUUGUAAUGACGAUCCGUGUCCAGACUGGCGAACCUUUUUAUGGACAGGGUGUUCUCAUACAUGUGGCUCAGGAACCAGACAUCGCAAAGUUUACUGUUUCCAUGGUGACAGGAAGGUGGACGACAUGUAUUGUCAGAAUGAGCGUAAACCAGUAAGCAGUGAACUUUGUAACCGUCAACGUUGUCCUGAGUGGAGGGAGAGGAGAUGGGGAGACUGUUCUGUAACAUGUGGACAUGGAGUUUCAAAGCGCCGCAUCGACUGCCGUCAUUAUCACGGGGAGAUACUGCCUCAGGAAUUAUGCGACCCUUCCUCCAAGCCUUAUGAUACACGAAAGUGUUAUGUCAGGGCUUGUCCAACUACUACGACCACUACAACAACUACCACUACUACACCUACCACCACCACUACCAUCACUACCACUACCUCAACUACUACAACUACUACUCAACUGAUGACACAAACUACGACAAGACCAACUACCUCUACGACAACAUCACCGGUGACUUCCUCAACAUCUACCACAACCCCUUUCCCAGUAACCACUACAGCACGACCAACUACCACCAGGGCAUCUCGAAGGACUGCUGUCAGACUGGACACCUCCUGGAAGAUUGGCGACUGGACCUGGUGUUCAGCUACUUGUGGACAGGGAACAAGGUUUCGCUACAUCAGAUGUGAGGAUAAAUUCGGACACAUUCAAAGUGGUGCUCUCUGUAGACACCAAGAAAAACCUUCCUCUCGUGAACCGUGCAUCAGAGCUGCAUGUGGAAUAUGGCGAUCUGGAAACUGGGGAGAGUGCAGUGCUUCGUGUGGAGAGGGUGUAACCACACGCCAGGUUGUUUGUUACCAUGUCAACCGACGUCCUAUAGAUGAAGAUCAGUGUGAUCGCAAUCUUCGCCCCGAGACCAGUCGUGUGUGUAAUGGAGGCGACUGUCCAACCGUCAGUGAAGAUUCUUAUGAAACAGUGGUUAUCACAUCCAAUAAUGUAGAGGGAACCACACAAUGGAGGGUAGGACCAUGGAGCCAGUGUUCUUCAACCUGUGGAUCUGGAUGGAGGCGUCGCCAGGUGGUUUGUCAGGACGAACUUGGAGCCAGCGACAAGUGUGACUUAGAACAAAAACCAGAUGAGAUUGAACGUUGUCAGACCAAAUCUUGUGGUACCUGGAAUACGGGCAUGUGGUCACAGUGCUCUGUAACAUGUGGUAAGGAUGGAGAACAGAGUCGUCGCGUCCUUUGUCAGCUGGAUGACAGGACUGUAUCCAACACCCUCUGUAACAUGACCACCAUGCCACCCAAUCGCCGCCUCUGUAACAACGGACCAUGCAGCACUCGUCGGCGUUGGUACAUAGCGCCCUGGUCACCGUGUUCUGCAACUUGUGGGCGUGGCCACCAGCAGCGUGAGGUUCUUUGUGUGGAUGAGGAGGAGAACACACGCCCAUCUAAUGAAUGUCGUGGUAAGAAACCAAGAAACACACGGCGUUGUAAAAUGGGAAGAUGUCCUAAGUGGAAGGCAACAGAAUGGACAAAGUGCUCUGUUACUUGUGGAACUGGUAUUCGAACCCGGGGCCUCAAAUGUAAAGCCAGGCACCAAAGAACAGUUGAUCCUAAUCUGUGUGCAAACAAGAAGAAGCCAAGACAGAGAGAGGAGUGUGUGAGAAAGCCCUGCUCUAACUUUACCUGGCAGAGAGGAGAAUGGUCAGAGUGCUCCAAGACAUGUGGGUUUGGUAUAAAGAUCCGGUCUGUGACUUGUGUGAAUGUGGAUAGUGAGGAGGUUGAAGAAUGGCACUGUGGAGGAGAAAAACGGCCCAAACCUAAACGAAGAUGUAGCGAGUUCCCCUGUCCCUUCAUUUGGAACACGUCACCGUGGACAGAGUGCAACAGAACAUGUGGGGCUGGUAUACAGGAGAGGAAGGUGGUGUGUCAGGCUGUUACCAAGGAGGGCUGGAUCCUUCCUGGGAAAGUACCGUUCACCUGUCAGUCCACUGUCAAACCUCCAGACCAAAGGACUUGCAACAUGGGCGAGUGUGGGGCCCGUUACCGCUGGGUGGUAGGGCCAUGGGGCAAGUGUUCCUCACGUUGUGGAUGGGGAUUCUUACGAAGGCAGGUGAUUUGUGUGGAUGUCUUAGGGAGGAGGCGCUCCAAGAAACGUUGCCCUGAAUCGCUAAAGCCAGACAACAAGGACGAAUGCUACUCAGGGCCAUGUUAUGCCAAGUCCUGCCAGCAACUUAGAGAAAAAACUUCAAUAAGACAUGACAACACUUAUAGCUUACUUCUCAAAAACAGACUCAUACAGGUUUAUUGUAGAGACAUGAGAGAGAAGGAACCAGUUGAAUAUCUCAACCUGCCGGCUGGAGAAGGCGAGAAUUACUCAGAAGUUUACGACAAACGGUUACGACGUUCUGGUCACUGUCCUUACAAUGGUACCCGAACAGACACAUGUAGCAAGUGUCGUCGGACUCCAUACAGAGAGGCAGGAAACACAUCCUUCUCUAAGGUCAGGAUCGACCUCAGUAACCUCCGCAUCAUGACUACAGACACAACAUUCGCCACUUCCAUAAGUGGUAAAAUCAUUCCAUUUGGCACCGCUGGUGAUUGUUACAGCUCACAGGCACAAUGUCCUCAGGGAAGGUUCAGUAUAAACUUGACAGGAACAGGAUUCGCUGUCUCCAGAAACACAACCUGGAUUUUACACGGACGUCAUUCCUCUAAAAAGAUCCAAAUCAUGCAGAAUGGAGAGGUGGUUCGUGGUCUGUGUGGAGGCUACUGUGCCGUUUGCUCUCCAGACCUGUUCACUGGGCUACAACUUGAGGUUCUUCACUGACACUUGUGAUAAUGGUUGCCAUGGAAACACUUUAUGACAACCAUUGACUCCUGAUCAAACUUCAAAUCAUCCCAUAUGUUCAUUAAUAUUCAUAUUCAUCAUCGUCAUGGUAACAUUUUGUGUUAAGUUGCGUGUGAGUUGUAUGUAUAUAUGUGGACCAUGUGUAUUUAUUUGCGAUAUAUUGAACGUUUCCGUCCGUGUAUAUAGGAGAUGUAAUUGUGCAAUAAUGGGUGUAAUUUGGAUCGUAAGGAUGAUGAAAAAGUUUGGAGUGCUGUAAACGUUGUUCAUUUCAUUAUGAUAAUUUGCAUUUAUAUUUUAUGCCUGUUGAUAUUUUUUAUUAUAAAUUGUUGAAUUAUCUCAAUUUUUACUUACAAAUAUGUCAAUGUUUUAAACUGUGAAAGUAUCCAGUUUUGAGUGCAGCGUUUACAAAGAUUGAAGAUUGUACAAAAACUCCUUAACAACAUAUACAUUUGUAUAUUAUACUGAUUUUUUUUUCGGAGAUACAAACAAAUGCACAAAAAGUCUAGAAACCUUCCAAAAUUACCUAAAGGCCUUGCUUCCUCAUUGUGUUUGUUCAGCCUUCAUGCUAAAAUGUAUGAGGCUGAAUGGAUGGACAUUAUGGCCAAGAUUUGAUGUCUUUUUUUUUUUUUUGUCUUUUUUUUUUCUCAAUAUCAGCUUUUAUUUAUAUUGCUACCAAUUGCACAUCUGAAUUUUAAAAUUCUGAUGGGAUUGUCAUCAAACUUUCAUAUAUCCAAGAAAACAGUUUUUUCUUCAGAAUUUAGUUUGAAAAUUAUGGUGAAAACGGAAGUUUUUUUUUCUUCUGAAUUUAGUUUGAAAAUUAUGGUGAAAACAGAAGUUUUUUUUCUUCUGAAUUUAGUUUGAAAAUAAUUGUGAAACGUCAACAUGAAAUCACAAGUGGACGAUGUUCUCUGUGAAAGUAACAGGAGUAGUGUCAGAUUAGCUCCAGGUGUAUGACCAAGGGUAGAAUAAGGAUAAAACAAGUCUACAAAAUCUUUGUUGUACAUUAUAGGCCAGUACGUAUAUAUAUAUAUAUAUAUAUAUAUUUAUAAGUUUUAGGCAUGUACACUCACAAUUUAUACCUAUAGUUUGUGUUUUAUAUAUUUUUUCUAAGUUUUAACUUCCAUCACUUGACCAAAAACCAGAACAAUUCAUUUACACUUUUGGUUAUGUUUGAGUUAAGAUUUGUCUCUAUGUUGUACACCUAGAUAUUGUUUAUGUCUUCCAGUUAUUAGUAGAUAUAGGUGAAAAUAGACACAGAGUUGUCUGUCCUUACCAAAGGAGUAUUUCACCAAACACUGUAAAUUUAGAUUUCUUGUUUUUGUACAUAUAAUUUAUGUAUAUUUAUGUUAAAAUUAUAAUGGUAAUUUCACCACAUGAUGUAAAUAGUGUUUUUUUCUUCAUAUGCAUAUCAACACAACUUGUAGCUAAAAAUGUAAGCUAAAUGUUGACUUUGGUCACAUGUAAAAUACUCAGAUGUGCUAAUGACCCGUGUUUUGUGUUUUUACACCUCUCGAUGUAAAACAAAAAAUUGAUUUGAAUCUGUUUCAUAUUUAUAAGACUGUUCGGACUUUGUGUUUGGUCAGAUCUCAUUACCAUAAGUUCUGUUCCCGAUCUUACUUCUGCCAUGGUUUACCAUCACAUCGGAAUCUUUUUGACGUUUUUCUUUAGUCGGGUAUUUAUAACUAUCAAUGUUGUAUUGUUUUCUUAAUAUGUGAGCCUAAUUCAGUUAUCUAAAUGUCACGUGACUAUUUUGCUGAUGUUGAUUCAGUUUUUUAAAUGUCACAUGACUAUUUUGCUGAUGUUGAUUCAGUUUUUUAAAUGUCACGUGACUAUUUUGCUGAUGUUGAUUCAGUUUUUUAAAUGUCACAUGACUAUUUUGCUGAUGUUGAUUCAGUUUUUUAAAUGUCACGUGACUAUUUUGCUGAUGUUGAUUCAGUUUUUUAAAUGUCACAUGACUAUUUUGCUGAUGUUGAUUCAGUUUUUUAAAUGUCACAUGACUAUUUUCCUGAUGUUGAUUCAGUUUUUUAAAAUGUCACAAGAUGUCAGUUUCCUGAUAUUGACAAGUUUUUGAAAUGUCACAAGAUGUCAGUUUCCUGAUAUUGACAAGUUUUUGAAAUGUCACAAGAUAUUUUAUUGGUCUCGAUUCAUUGUUUAACAAAUGAACUCAUUUUUGAAAAAAAAAACUAUGUGACAUUCUUUUACCAAUGUUAAUUCAAUUUUCAAAACAUCUUGAAACUUUGUUUUACAGCUUUUGGGUUUUUUUUUAAACAACAGCAAACACUAUUGAUUUAUUUCUGAAACUGUUAUGUGAUGCUGCUUUACAGAAAUUGAUUCAGUUAUUCAACCAUCAUGUGACCUUGUUUUAAAACUGCUGAUUUGGUUAUAACACCAUCAUGUGACCUUUGAUGAGGUUUUUCACUACCACAUGACGUUGUUUUUCUGAUCUUGGGUCCGGAUUUUUUUGUCCCAUACGAACUUACAGUUUAUGGAUCAAGGCCACUGUACAAUCUUUUCUCAGGAUAUUUUUGUGGAUUAUCUCCCCUUGAGGGGAUUUUAUUCGUUUUCAUGUUCAUUUGCAGUUGAUUCUUGUCGUGUUGGCAUUUGUUACAAUGUGAUUCAUAUUGUGUUUACAGUGACUGUUAAAUUAUUAUAGAGACCUCUUUAAAGGUAAACGAUUUUACAUGUAACAGAGAGUAUUUACCAGGGUUACUUACAGGUGUCAAUAUUGUAUCACAAACUGCAUUUAAACUCUAUUACUGGUUAAUCUACAAAGAAUAAUGAAAUAUGUUUGUUGUAGGUCUGUCACACCCUUUUAAAUGUAGGUUUUUGCCAAGUUUAAAGUUACCGGGAUCCCCAAAACAGUUUUUAUAAGUGUUGCCAAAUUUAAUUUGGUGUUAAAAAAAUUGCCAUUAUUUUUAAUCAUUUUGUCUGGGCUGUGUUUCAGAAGUUUGGAUCGGGAAUGUACUGUUAUGCAUGUCCACCUACAUUGUACAUUUAUCACUUAGCUAGGGGUAGACUCUCACUCUGUAUGUGAUACCUAUGUUAAUAUGUUACAGGGAUAUUUACUUAUUUACUCACAUUUAGAACCGAUCAGAAUAUUUCAUACGAAUUCAUCAAAUCAAGAAAAUCAUUUGGUUAUCUGAUAACCCCACAAAAAUCUGUAUCCGUGUCCUGUUUCUAUUGUUCCCUGUAGAAAAAAUAGUCUUGAUGGUUUUUGUAAAAUUUCUGAACGUGACCAGUAAUAUCAACAUUUGCUCACGUGAUAUGGAUGUUAGUAAGUAAUAUUAGCACAGUAAAGGAUCCGUGCUGCUUCUGAAGGUAACAUAUUUCAGCUGAUAUGGAAGGCAAAGAUAUUAUUUUCCACUGUGAAAACAUUUGUCUGUGUUUAGCGGGGAAAAUUUGGAAGGCAAAGAUAUUAUUUUUCUCUGUGAAAACAUUUGUCUGUGUUUACCAGGGAAAAUUUGGAAGGCAAAGAUAUUAUUUUUCUCUGUGAAAACAUUUGUCUGUGUUUACCGGGGAAAAUUUGGAAGGCAAAGAUAUUAUUUUCCACUGUGAAAACAUUUGUCUGUGUUUACCGGGGAAAAUUUGGAAGGCAAAGAUAUUAUUUUUCUCUGUGAAAACAUUUGUCUGUGUUUACCAGGGAAAAUUUGGAAGGCAAAGAUAUUAUUUUUCUCUGUGAAAACAUUUGUCUGUGUUUACCAGGGAAAAUUUGGAAGGCAAAGAUAUUAUUUUUCUCUGUGAAAACAUUUGUCUGUGUUUACCAGGGAAAAUUUGGAAGGCAAAGAUAUUAUUUUUCUCUGUGAAAACAUUUGUCUGUGUUUACCAGGGAAAAUUUGGAAGGCAAAGAUAUUAUUUUCCACUGUGAAAACAUUUGUCUGUGUUUACCAGGGAAAAUUUUCCCUUUUGUAGUUGUUCUCUUUUUUAUCAACAAAAUCAAUUUCAAAGAUAUUUUUAUAAUCUAUGAUUAAUUUAUUACAAGCCGAUUUUUACACAAAGGAACGAAAGUAAUUUUGUUUUGUAGCAUAUCUUUAUUUAAGUCAUAUUGAUUAAAAAUCAUUCACCACGAUCAGUUUGUUUAUAAGAAUGUAAUAAUAACUAGUGUAAAAUAUUAAUGAUACAGAGACGAUUUAUGGUCUAGAAAAGAAAUGAGGAAUGAUUAUUACAGGGUAUGUUUCAAUAAAUGUACUUUUGUUGCAGCAUUUAAAGCCACUAAACCUCGGAAGAAGUUGUUACAGGUGCCUCCAAGUAUCCAAUUUAACUGUCUUUUAUGACAUUUGGUACAGUAACAUAUUGUAGCUUGUCCAUCACGCACAAAUCAUGUGGAAGGGGUACCACAUCAGUGUAUCGUUAACUGUUUUACUAGAAACGCAUUUAUAGAACUACAUAAUACUUCAUACUGCUUAUUGUACUCUUAGAUUUGUAGAAAGUUUCGGUUAUUUUUAUAAGUAGAUCAUUAUAAUGAUGAACCUGCCUCGGCUAAUUGGCCCGAUACUCUCGGUACCCCUCUCACUUUAAUAUGCUACACGUGUUUGGUUAAAGGAUCUCACUGGCGUAAAUGGUCGUAUGAACUAUUAACGUGAAUCUGAUUAAUAUUUAAUAUUAUGUUACAGAAUGUAUGCAUAAACUAAUUAUGCAAUAACUGGCUAAGACUUUUUAAAAUAUAUUUUCUCUUAUGAAA